AUGCCACCAACUCCAAGUCAGCUCAACGCUCAGCGCUGUCGAGAAUUCGUCUCUACUCUCCACACGACACCAUAUACCGCCAUCGACCCCUCGCAAGUGAAACUCCCCUCUCCAUUUGUGGUGUGUAUCAUCGGAGGCCGAGGCGCCGCUGGCGGCGGUCUUGCUCGCGCCUACGCCCGUGCAGGCACCUCCGGACUCGUCCUCGCCGCCCGAAAUCGCUCCGCACUCGAAGAGACUGCCAACGAAAUCCGCUCAAUCAACCCGGCGACCAAAGUCAUCGUUGCCGAAUGCGAUAUUACCUCAAGUGAUGCCGUCGAGGCGUUGGCCCACACCACCAAAGCCGAGUUCGACGGACAUCUCGAUGUCGUGGUAGUCAAUGCCGGCUACACGGGUCCAAUCACUGACGUCGUGGAAGAGUCACCCUCGGACUUUCAGACGGCUUUCAACGUAAACACCGUGGGUGCUUUCCAUGCGGCUCAUUUUCUGCUGCCGUUGCUUCUACAGACCGAGUCUGGAGCACGGAGCUUCGUUGCGAUCAGCUCCAUGGCUGUCCCCAUCGUGACUGGGUUUGCUGCUCACUCUCAUUAUUGUGCCAGUAAAGCAGCGCAAGCGCGAUUGGUGGAGCUUAUCAACGAGCAGUAUGCGAGUCGGGGAGUUUUCUGUGCCAGCGUCCACCCCGGAGGCUUGCGGAGUGAACUCUCGAAGGACGUGCCGAAGGCUUUCUUGCAUUUCUUGUGUGAUAGCCCGGAUUUAGUUGGUGCCUUUGCUGUCUGGCUGACAAAAACCGGCGGAUCGCGACAGAAAGAAGUCUUGAAUGGCCGUUUUCUUUCCUGCAAAUGGGAUGUGACUGAAUUGGAAACCAGAUUCGACGAGAUCCUGGAGAAGGAUCUGCUGAGACUCCGGGUUGCUGUCGAUUGA